AUGGCUACUGAUGGAGGCGUCACUUAUAUGGAUUUUGAUGAAAUCACCAUUUUUGAAGAUAACGUUGAGAAGUUAAAGACAGAUCUGAUCAAAGUGCCGACCUUACAAUUUUUCAGCAUCAAUGGGUUCAAUGGGAAUGGAGACAUUCAGCUGUGUUUCUCUCAAGUGAAGGGAACACUGGAUGAUGACAUAUCUGAUGCGGAUGUAAUAUCCUGUGUGGAGUUCAAUCACGAUGGAGAUCUGCUGGCCACUGGGGACAAGGGUGGCAGAGUUGUCAUCUUCCAAAGAGAUCAUGGAUCGAAGACAUCUAUGCCAAGAAGGGCUGAGUACAAUGUUUAUAGCACUUUUCAAAGUCACGAGCCAGAGUUUGACUACUUGAAGAGUUUAGAAAUUGAGGAGAAAAUCAACAAGAUCAGAUGGCUCAGAAGAAAAAAUCCUUCUCAUUUCUUGCUCUCAACAAAUGACAAGACGAUCAAAUUGUGGAAGGUGUCAGAAAGGGACCGCAGGGUUGAAGGCUUCAACCUCAAGGAAGAGAAUGGACAACCCAAGGAUUCACCACCCUCUAGAUUGACAAAGGACAGUUUGAGGGUUCCUGUGAUCAAGCCAAUGGAGCUGAUGGUGGAAGCUAGUCCAAGAAGAAUUUUUGGCAAUGCCCACACAUAUCACAUCAAUGCUAUCUCUGUGAAUUCAGACCAGGAAACAUAUUUAUCAGCUGAUGACCUUCGUAUUAACCUCUGGCACCUGGAGGUGAAUGACCAGAGCUUCAAUAUUGUUGAUAUCAAACCUCAGAACAUGGAAGAGCUGACAGAGGUGAUAACAGCAGCUGAGUUUCACCCAAAAGAGUGCAGCAUGUUCGCUUACAGCAGCAGCAAGGGCACAAUCCGACUCUGUGAUAUGCGCCAGGCAGCCCUUUGUGACCGACACGCCAGAUGUUCUCUAUGGAAUGAUUCUUCUUGCUUUUUCCCAAAAGUGUUUGAAGAACCAGAGGAUCCAAACAAUCGCAGCUUCUUCUCUGAAAUUAUUUCAAGCAUCUCUGACGUGAAGUUCUCAAACAGUGGGAGAUACAUGCUGUCCCGUGACUAUCUGUCCAUAAAAGUGUGGGACCUGAACAUGGAAACAAAGCCUGUUGAAACAUUUCAUGUUCAUGAGUACCUACGAUCCAAGUUGUGCUCCCUCUAUGAGAAUGACUGCAUUUUUGACAAGUUUGAAUGUUGUUGGAGUGGGAAUGAUCAGGUUAUCAUGACCGGAUCAUACAAUAAUUUCUUCAGGGUAUUUGACAGAACAACAAAGAGGGACGUGACACUGGAGGCAUCAAAGGAGAUUGCAAAACCCAAGACAAUACUCAAGCCCAAGAAGGUGAAUGCUGGAGGGAGGCGAAAGCGUGAUGAAAUAAUGGUGGAGUGCUUGGAUUUCAACAAGAAGAUUCUUCACACUGCUUGGCAUCCAACAGAAAACAUCAUUGCAGUUGCUGCCACAAACAACCUUUAUCUCUUCCAGGAUAGAUUUUAGCAAUAAAGACGCUUAGGUUCUUACAAGACAUGGGUGGAAUUGGAGGCGCUGACGGCAAGAAACCGAGAGCCUGGUUUCUCUUUUGCCCACAAGAUGAGAUGUUAUUUUUUUAGACAAUAAGCUUGCCAUACCAAUACCACCCAGCCCUGCAGGCAGUGUCCACAGGUUGGCUUUAUUGGCCACCUCUUCCUAUCAACACCUGCUACCAUGAAGACAGGGCACACCUCGCUCUGCCCAUUGUGACCUCCGUUCUCAGUUCUGUGAACUCUUUUUUGUGCAUCAUCUUCAAUUCCCUACAACCUCUCCCUUUCAUCUGACCUGCUGCCCUUCACCAUCAUACUUCUAUCUAUGUCUUUUGUUGUUGUCUCCUCUUCCUGUGACUUGCCUGUGACAACUUGCUUGAGUAAUUUCUGUAUGGUCAUUGAAGGCAACACUCCACUGGGACCCAUGCACUUUCUCCUAUUGCCCGAAAGAUGCUAAUUGUAUUUUGUGGGCAGUCCCUUUCAUGCAUAAUGUUGGUGUUGAAUGAAGAUGAAUGGUCAAGCUCGUUUUGGAUAAAUGGAGCUGAUAUUGUUUGUGGCACAGGUACAGUAUAUUCCACAUGAAAGUCUUCUAUUGUAUUUUUGUCACAUGCCCCCUCAUCUUGUUUGUACCCCCGCAUUCUAAAGAAUGUAAUGCUUUUCAAUGUCAUGUGUCAGGUGAUUGUGGAUCAUCCUUCUUGGGAUCAAGAGCCAGGGAUAAUUGUCAAAUGCCAUGAUGUCACGUCGUGUGGUUGUGUGAUGCCACACGUGAUCGUUACGAAUAUGCCAGUACCUCCCCAGACUGUUCCCUGGUCCUACUCCAUUGGUGUUAUGUAGGCGUCAAAAUAUGUGGCUGUUGAACACGGUGCCUGGUGACAUGUUAAGAGAGGCACUACAUGCUGUAGAGUGUGAUGUAUUAAGGGUGACUCGUGUAGCCUCGUUCAAAUUACAUGGAAUGCGUUUUAUAAUUAGCAAGAUCGUCCUCUGUAUUUUCUGUGUCACCUUCAGGUGCUCUCUCACCCUCCCUCUUGAUCCAACUUAGCAAAAGUCAGUAUCUGUCUAACUAGGAACUCUCAACAUCAUAUGUUCUGAAUCACUGCAAAGAAAAUCAUUCUCCAUAUGAUGUUUAAUACAAAGUGUUUGCAUUUGGAGUGUUGAACCCUUUUUUUUUAUUAUUUGGUUACCUAUUGUGUAAGUUGCAUUCUCUUAUAUUGUGCAUUCCAAUUGUUGAGGAAGAACUUACACAGUUGGUGUCAUCAUUUACCAUAACUCACUCCAGUUUUUCUGUCUGUAAUUGUUUUGUAAGUGGUAUCCUUGCAAUCGAUUGAUGGCAUCAGUCUGAAUUGGCUGAUUGUCUGACCUCUAUGAAUGUGGUUUCCUGCAUCAGUCAUUCCUGUACAACAAGAAAAAAAUUUGAAAUUUCACAAUUUUUAAGAUAAUGCAUCUUUGCAUAAUCAUUGCAAUGGAGACAUAUGAGACCCUUAUAUCAUUUUCUAAUAAGGAGAAGGUGACUCCCUGAGAUAUAGUGUAAUUCAAAAGUUGGAUCCAUGAAAGAUGGACCAUCCCAAUCAUAGCUUGUAUCAGUCAGUCUUCGGAAUUCUAGCUCUUUUGUUCAAUUUGUUUCCUGCUGUGACCAUGUGAUCCCUUGAUGUAGAUAUCAAGUGGCAGCAUUAUUAUGGAGUGCAUGCUCAAGAAUCAUAUGUUUCAUGGUGUAAGCCUCGUAAUUCAAGAUAAUCAUGCAAGAUAAUCAUGCUCUACAUUGACUCUUGCCUCUCUUUUUUGUCAUCUAGCGUGAAUUAGUUCCAAUCCAAGAUUCCUUGAGUUGGUCAAAUUAGAAUUUCUGUGAUUUUUUUAGACAUUUCAAUGGUGUUAUCUUCCAUGAAGUGGUAUCCAAAUCACGAACAAUGUCCCUCUUGAUUCGGGGACGAUGGCAGUGUAGUACGCUGUAGAGUAUAUGGAGGUGCAGUUGAUUCAAUAUGAAUGAUUUAGCAAUCGAUUUUUGGAUUUUUUGUCGUAUCUGCCCUUUUAUUUAAGGUCUUUAUCGUGUGUUGCACCCAGGUGAGGGAUUUUUUAAAUGCAUUUUGUCAUGUUGGAAUAUAGUUGUACCUGAAAGUGCC